ACCGUGCAUCGCGCACCAGCCUGCACAGCACGACCCGUGAGUGACCAUGGCCGCCCCGCCACCAGCCCCGGCUCUCCUCCCCACCGCCGCCCUCCCCUCGCUCCCCGCCGCUCCGUCGUCCGCCGUGUCGCCCUCGCCCUCGCUCGCCCAGCCCGCCCAGUCCGCCAGCAUGACCCCGCUCCCGUCCACCACCACCGCCGCCACCACGACCACCCCCAAGCCCAUGGCCGGCACCAAGACCAAGGCGACCGACGCUCCCGACGGCGAGCCCAAACCCAAGAAGAAGCGCCCGGCAAAGAAGCCAGGCGAGGCCGGCCCUGGCAAAUCGUGGCGCAAGGGCCUCAAGGGCAACCUCGCCGGCGUCGGCCUGGACCCCGCCAUCGCCGCUUCGCUCCAUACCGGCGGCACCACCACGCCUUCUGGCUCCUCUCCCGGCCCAUCUCGCACGCCCGCUGCCGCCUCCGGCUCGACGACGACCUCGGCCGUCGGUGCGCCGCCGAGGCUCAACAACCAGUACGUCGCGACGCACGCGCUCCAGCUCGGGACCCCGAGGCCGCGCAGGUGGAUCAAGACCAAGAUUGCGUUCAAGCGCGUCGACGGCAAGAGCGUCGCGCUCCCGAGCUGGCAAGGAGACUCGUACUCGCCGUUCGCCACCGCCGCACUCGCCGCGCAACGCGCCACCCCGACCGCGCCCACCACCACCACCUCGCGCGACGAGCUCGCGUCCCCUCCUCCCUCGACCACGCCGUCCUCCGCCUCGGCGCCGGUCAAGGGCCGCGCCUCGUCCCACGUCGCCGCGUCGCACCUCUCGGCGGGCGCGGCGUCGCCUGCCCCGAGCCCGGCGCCGGCGCCGCCGCAGGAGCAGCCGGCGAGCGUCGGCCCGCUCGGCUACGUCGCGCCGAGGCCGCCCGUGCUGCCGCCGCCUGCGGCCUCGCCCGUCCCGGCGGCGGCAGCUCCUCCCGCGGCGGCGGCGGCGGCUGCAGCGGUAGAGGAGGACCAAGGCGCGGCGAGUGCGAGUGCGAGUGCGGCGGGCACGAGCGCAGCUUGA